AUGGAAUUUCCUAAUUUGCAGCUGAGAGCAGUUGUGGCCACGAUUCUAAUCUACGCUUUAAUGACUCCUUUGGGAUCCGGGCUGGGCACACUACUCCAGAAAUACAAAAAACAAUAA